ACGACUUUGGCAUUGGCCUACCUCACCGUUGCUAUUUAAUGGUAGCAUUAAGCUAAAGCUUGUCUGUAAUUUCAUAUCGUAACAGGUUGUUCCUUCUAUCCCUUUCUUUUGGUCUUAGGUCAUAUAUCAAUGGCAACUUCAACCUCUGCACUCAAUAAAAGGCUGGAAGGAAAAGUUGCACUGAUCACAGGAGGAGCUAGUGGCAUCGGCAAACGCACUGCAGAAGUGUUCGCUCAGCAAGGAGCCAAAGUAGUGAUCGCUGACAUCCAAGACGAACUGGGACAUUCCGUUGCUCAGUCCAUAGGGCCAUCAACAUGUUGUUAUGUCCAUUGCGAUGUCACCGAUGAGAACCAAAUAAAAAAUGCCGUCCAAAAAGCCGUAGAUGCUUAUGGGAAGCUAGACAUCAUGUUCAACAACGCCGGCAUUGUUGAUCCCAACAAGAACCGAAUCAUUGACAACGAUAAGGCAGAUUUCGAACGUGUCCUAAGCGUCAAUGUCACGGGUGUUUUCCUUGGGAUGAAGCAUGCGGCGCAGGCGAUGAUCCCAGCACGCAGUGGUAGCAUCAUCUCUACGGCCAGCAUAAGCUCCUACGUUGGUGGUGCAGCCUCGCAUGCUUACUGUUGUGCUAAGCAUGCUGUGGUUGGUCUAACUAAAAAUGCAGCAGUUGAGCUUGGACAGUUCGGAAUAAGGGUGAAUUGUUUGUCACCUUACGCUCUUGCUACACCUUUGGCCACCAAGUUUGUUGGAGCUAAUGAUGAGGAGCUUGAGACUAUCAUGAACUCACUGGCUAAUCUCAAGGGUGUCACUCUUAAAGCUGAGGAUGUGGCUAAUGCCGCACUUUAUUUUGCUAGUGAUGAUUCCAGGUACGUCAGUGGGCAAAAUUUGCUCAUAGAUGGAGGCUUCAGCAUUGUUAAUCCUUCCUUUCACAUGUUUCAGUACCCGGACUCGGAGUCUUGAUUUUUGUCUACUAUGAAGAAGCAAGAGUAAUUAAUAAGGGCUCAUAUAGAUUGAGCUAUAGUGCUUGUGGGAUUGGGCUUUGAUUGUAAAACAUACGGGUGUUUAAAAAUGUUGAACUGAACCAAAUUGUGUGAAAUCAUCCUAUUUAAUUUGUUUCAAUUCAAGUUUACUAUAACAUUUUAUUGUUUCGUGCUUA